GCGCAGCCGGUGCGCUGGGUCCAGCAGCGGAGCCGCGCCGGGAGCGCCGGGAGAGCGGUGCGGAGCGGUGCGGAGCACAGCGGAGCUGUUCAGUGCGGGGCUGUUCAGAGCGGAAAGCUGCCGGUGAUCCCCUCGCUGCCCGCCGGCCCGGGGUGCAGCGGCGAGAGCAGAGCGAGGGAAGAUGACAUCUUGGCUCCUCUGAACCAGCAGUACCCAGGGACCAGCAGAGCCAUGGAGCUGGAAUAUGAGCUGCCCAAUGCCACCGCAUUCUGGUUCUCCCCAGCUUCCUCCUUUGACAACUUCUCCGUGGAGGCAGCCACCAACACGUCACAGAACGCCACAGGCCAGCACUUCGACCUGACCAGCAAUGCCAUCCUCACCUUCAUCUACUUCGUGGUCUGCAUCAUAGGGCUGUGUGGCAACACCCUGGUGAUAUAUGUCAUCCUUCGUUAUGCCAAGAUGAAGACCAUCACCAACAUCUACAUCCUCAAUCUGGCCAUUGCAGAUGAGCUGUUCAUGCUGGGUCUUCCUUUCCUGGCCAUGCAGGUUGCCCUGGUGCACUGGCCCUUUGGCAAAGCCAUCUGCAGAAUUGUCAUGACAGUGGAUGGGAUCAAUCAGUUCACCAGUAUCUUCUGCUUGACAGUCAUGAGCGUUGACCGGUACCUGGCUGUUGUCCACCCCAUUAAAUCUGCUAAGUGGAGGCGGCCCAGGACAGCCAAAAUGAUCAAUGUGGCCGUCUGGGGUGUCUCCCUGUUGGUGAUCAUGCCCAUCAUGAUUUAUGCUGGGGUGCAGCAUAAUCACGGCAGAAGUAGCUGCACUAUCAUCUGGCCAGGAGAGUCAGGUGCCUGGUACACAGGCUUCAUCAUCUAUGCCUUCAUCCUAGGCUUCCUGGUGCCUCUCACCAUUAUCUGCCUUUGCUACUUGUUUAUCAUUAUCAAAGUCAAGUCCUCGGGCAUCAGAGUGGGCUCGUCCAAGAGGAAAAAGUCAGAGAAGAAAGUCACCAGGAUGGUCUCCAUCGUGGUUGCUGUCUUCAUCUUCUGCUGGCUUCCUUUCUACAUCUUCAAUGUCUCCUCAGUCUCCAUCCUGAUUGUGCCCACACCUGUUCUCAAGGGCAUGUUCGACUUUGUGGUGGUCCUCAGCUAUGCCAACAGCUGUGCCAACCCUAUCCUUUAUGCCUUCUUGUCUGACAACUUCAAGAAGAGCUUUCAAAACGUCCUCUGUCUGGUGAAGGUCAGCGGCAUGGAUGAGGCAGACCGGAGUGACAGCAAGCAGGACAAAUCCAGGCUCAACGAGACCACAGAAACCCAGAGGACCCUGCUCAAUGGUGACCUGCAGACGAGUAUCUGAGAGGACAUCAAGGCUGUCCUUCCUUCACUCUCCUCUUCCCACUUGCUCCCAAAUGGCAAUGGGAUGUACGGAGUCAGGACAGGAGAGCCAGCUCAGAGGAUGGUGGUGACACACUGAUGGACGGUGGGGUCCUCAGCUGGGCUCCUCCUGAGCUGCUGGUGAGUUGGCUUUCAAGUGCUGGGAAGGAUCUACUGUUCAAGAGGAGCUGCCUCGCCAGGAAAACAAAGACAACUUGUAGCAAUGCAGUGCAUUCCAACACCAAAGUGCCACCAUGGGCCACAGGUAUCGCCAGGGUGGCUCUGCUGGCUUCCCUGUUGCUGUCCUCGGGGCUGAUUGGAUUUGAGUGUUCUGCCCCAGGAUGGUGUUUGCACACGGACACACACACAGAGCAGGGCAACCUCAGGAGGAACCAAGACCACAGGUGCGUGCCAACACCUAUGCCACUGCAGGGCUUAACUAUGGUAUGGCCAAGACCUGGUGAGAGCUCCCUGGAGAUACCUGCAGUCACCUUCCCUGAGGAGACAAGAUAUUUGGGUUGCAUUUUGCCCACCUUCUAAGUUACUCUCUCACCUUCCCUGAAGCCUCUCUGCUGCUGUUUGAUUGCAUCCUUCGUGACAGCCACCCUGUCCAGAGGUGGCACGCCAGGACCAGGAUGGAGGUGGCUGCCCCAUCAAGAACCGUUCAGCCGCUCAGGCAGCUCCCACCACAGUCCCAUUUUGCCUCUUCCAGCCCCACCGUCUCCCCUGCAGGAGAGCCCUUUCCCUCCUCCCGCCGUGACGUCACCUGCCCGCAGGUUUUCUGCUCGGAUGGAGGAUCUCCCCCUCUCUCCCCCCCCAGCAACCGCUGCUCCUUCUCGGGGUCAGUCCCACGCUGUGCCAGCAGCCUAAAUCGCUGCUGUCCCCAGCGAGCCACGGCCGGGCUGGCUGAGCAGCCGCAGCACUAUCACCCAGCACCAGCUCCUGGUGGGAAAUCCUCGGAAGCGUUUAAACAGCAGAAAACCACCGGGGGAGGGGGUUUGGAGCAAGCUGGUAUGGGAAGCAGCACAUCCCACUGCCAACAGCUUCUGCAUCUUCCUGCCCCGGCUCUGAGGAUCCCUGG